AAUGGAUUAAAAAAAAAAAUGAAUUAAAAAAUGCACCACCUUAUAUUAGAUGGUUAAAUAUUGGUAGGCGUCCUAAGUAUCCGCUUUUAGAAGCUGACCUUAAAACCUGUGUUAAAUCUUUAUGUUUAUGGCAAAAGAUU